GCAGCUCGCAGGCCGCAGUGAUUUGGUAGCCGCUGCAGUAGGAGGAAGGACCGCGGUUCUACCCCUUCUAUAUUUCAGUUUCGUCUCAAAAUUUCUCUCGGUGGCUCUUUGUGGUAGCAAUCAGUAAAUCGUGUGUACAUCAGCGGUGUUCUAUGAUAACUAAGCCGUAGUAUUACCGACGGACAGUGAUAUCAAUCGCCAUUUUAAUCGCACGUUUUCCCUGACAGAAGCGCUAGCACAACAAUGGCUCUGAAAAGAAUUCACAAGGAGUUAAAUGACUUGGCACGGGACCCACCAGCCCAGUGUUCUGCGGGGCCAGUAGGAGAUGACAUGUUUCACUGGCAAGCCACAAUAAUGGGACCUAAUGACAGUCCUUACCAGAGCGGGGUUUUCUUCUUGACCAUACACUUCCCCACAGACUACCCCUUCAAACCGCCAAAGGUUGCAUUUACCACAAGAAUCUACCACCCAAAUAUCAACAGCAACGGCAGCAUUUGUCUUGACAUCCUGCGAUCACAGUGGUCUCCGGCUCUCACCAUCUCCAAAGUUCUCCUGUCCAUCUGCUCUCUGCUGUGUGACCCAAACCCGGACGACCCCUUAGUACCCGAGAUCGCCCGCAUCUACAAGACGGACAGGGAAAAGUACAACAAAAUAGCUCGGGAAUGGACACAAAAGUAUGCAAUGUAGUGUUGGGUAGAAACAUGGCCAACCACCUCUACGACGUAAGGUUAGGGGAGCUUCAGACGUAAAGAGAAAACAAACAAAAAACCAUACAAACAAAUGAAAAGUUUAAAACAAGAUCUUGUUGGUUUCCAUUGGAGUGCUUUCUUUGAGCCACGCCUCCCCUUCACCAGAGUACCUGUAAAACUCCCUCUGCCCCACCUCCUCUCUCUCUCUCCUCUCCUCUCUCCUUCCUCUCUCUGUUUGACUCCCCCUCUCCUCCCCUCCCGCCUCUCAGCUCACCUGCCCAUCCUCCAGUGUACAUAUUGUCAGAUUUCAAUGGUAAAACUGUCUCUCCCUGCUCCCUUCCUUCGCCUCUGACCUCCAUCUCCUUCUGUAUUCCGUUACAUUUUGUCACCGAGCAGGUUUGGCCGCCGCCGCCGAUCCUCCAAAACUCCCCCUUUUUUCUCUCCCACACGCCUGCAUCCUCACCCACCACCAUCACUAAAAGCAUUCCUUUAAGCACCUGUAAAGCUUUGAGGGGACCUUUUUUUGUUGUUGUUUCUUUAUUUCCCAUUUUUAAGGGGUGGAGGGGGACAAUAUGAUUGAGGGAUUUUUACACUCUGCACCCUUUCUUGUUUUGUUGUCCUAAUGGCUUCCAUCUGUAGAGGUGACAAUUCAAGAAAGCAGUCAAAGGGCACUCUGUAUUUUAUAAAUAGAAGAAAUCAUCACAGGCUAUGGAAAAUGGAAAAAAUAAAUAAAUGCACAUGGCCUUUUUUUGGUCUUCUGUUGGAUUCUAUGAAAGGACUUGAAUUUAUCCCUGCACUUCCUGCACCUCACUCCUCCCCCUGUCUCCCCCAUCCUCACCCCUUUGUACACACAUAGACACACAUGCACGCACAACUGUAACCCCAUGUCACCCCCAACCACGACCACCACCUUUUCUUUAUUCACAAAGUGGAGGUUCUGGACCAGGUAUUUAAGCAAUUUAUUUUUCUUAGUUUAACCUGUGUUUUUAUUUCCCACCCCCAUAAUUAUUUAGGUUGCUUUUUUCCCCCUCUUUGUUUCCUUUCCUCCUCCCUUUUUUUUUUUUUUUUUUUUUUGGCUAUUGUUAAAUUAGAGGCUAACAUCUUAAAUGGCUAUGGGACUGGCUUGGGCUCUGGGUGCGAGGAGAACCCACUCUUCUUGCACAAAACCUCUGUAUAUUGAAUUACCUGAGAGGCUCGUUGAGCUUUGUGUGUUGAUUAAACUGUGUAAUAAAAACCCUGGACUCCUG